CUUUGCUAUCCUUAAAAGCUAAGAGACACAUGGUAGUGUCAGAAAACUCUGUUCAAAGGCAGCUUCCUACUUGCUUCAUCACUUCUAAUUUCUAUACUUCUUUUCGCCCCUCUUACCUGGAAAUACUUGCAGACCCAAUUCAUUUUUGGUUUAUUAUAAAUUUGGAAUCUCGGCCACAAAGAUGAUGACAGUAAAAAAAGAGGCAGAGAUAAGAAACCUCAAGCUUUAGCUUCAACUGUUUCAUUUCAAAUCAGACUAGAAUUCUUUCUUCAUCUCACAUCCCUUAAUCACACAAAGCCCACAUGGAUUCAAAACCAAAUCAGCUUCAUAUGGUCUUCUUCCCAUAUACGAUACGAAGCCAUAUGAUUGCAACCAUAGACCUGGCCAGGCUCUUCGCCAAGCAAGGAGUGAAGGCAACCAUUGUUACUACUGCUAUUUGUGCAACUCGCUUCUCUGAAACAAUUGAAAGAGAUAGAGAAUUGGGAGUUGAAAUUAGUAUAAGAAUCAUAAAAUUCCCUUCUGUAGAGGCAGGCCUGCCAGAAGGAUGUGAGGAUUCAAGUUCCCUCACUACGCCAGAAAUGAUUCCAAAGUUCCUUCAUGCGCUUACGUUGCUUCAACAUCCACUUAUGGAGGUCCUAGAAGAAUGCCAGCCUGAUUGUCUUGUGGCUGACAUGAUGUUUCCAUGGGCUACGGGAGUUGCAGGAAAUCUUGGGAUUCCUAGGUUGUAUUUUGAUGGAUCUAGCUUCAUUUCUAUGUGUGUCACCGAUUCUCUUAAACGAUAUCAGCCUUACAAAAAUGUGGAGUCUGAUUUUGAACCAUUCAUAGUGCCUGGUCUACCGCACCAGAUAACAAUGACAAAACUACAAUUGCCAACUUAUUUUACAGACACAACUGAUAAGCAUGGAUUUCACAAGCUGAUGGAUCAAAUUUUGGAAUCUGAUCUCAAAAGCUAUGGAGUCCUCAUGAAUAGUUUCCGUGAGCUAGAGCCAGCUUAUUCAGAACAUUACACAAAGAACAUGGGAAGGAAGGCAUGGCACAUUGGCCCUCUCUCGCUUUUCAAUAGCGAAACCAAAGAUAAAGCACAGAGAGGUGAUAAAGCCUCCAUUGAUGAACAUGAAUGCCUAAGAUGGUUAGACACAAAGAAAACCAAUUCAGUCUUAUAUAUAUGCUUUGGGAGCGUAUUCAAGGUUCCACCUCCUCAAUUACGUGAGCUCGCUAUGGCUCUUGAAACUUGUGCACUAAACUUCAUUUGGGUUGUGAGAAUGGAGGAGAACAAAGAGAAAGAAGAAAAGAAAGAAUGGCUGCCAGAAGGAUUUGAGAAGAGAAUGGAGGGGAAGGGUUUGAUUAUAAGAGGAUGGGCACCCCAAUUGUUGAUUCUUGAACAUGAAGCUGUUGCAGGGUUUAUGACUCAUUGUGGAUGGAACUCUACAUUGGAAGGAGUGUGCGCAGGGGUGCCAAUGGUCACAUGGCCUCUCUGCGCAGACCAAUUUGAUAAUGAAAAACUGAUUGUAGAUAUUCUGAAAAUAGGAUGUCGAGUUGGUGCCCAAGAAUGGUCUAAGUAUGAGAAGAAAAUUCUAGUGAAGAAAGAAGAUAUAGAGAAGGCAAUGACUCAGUUGAUGGCUAGUGAAGAAGCUGAGGAAAUAAGAAGCCGAGCAAUGGCACUAAAAGACAUGGCAAGGAGGGCCACUGAAGAAGGAGGAUCAUCUUACUCUGACAUAGUUGCCUUGCUAGAUGAAUUAAGAGCCCUCAAGAGAAGCAAGUAGAUAUAUGCUAUUGUAAAAGCGAACUACCAUGAUAGGACCAUAAAAGAAUUAAGAAUACCAUGUAAAUUUUCUGCUUUUCUUAGUACACUUAUUUUUCUGGUUUAAUGAAAGAAAAUAAUUUAUGGAA